GAAAUUGCGAUCCUCGCGAGGUCCGUGAUAUGCCCGACCCGCUGACAGCCGAUUAUGGAGAGAGCUGAUGCCGGGGGUGGUCAGGGACGGUUUCGAGUAGUCGGUCUCACUCUCCUAAUAGCCCUGGUAGAAGCGACAAGAGCCUCAGGUACUGGUACCUGCGGUUUAGCGGAAUUAACUUGUCGAGAUGGGCACUGCGUUCCAGGAGAUGCCUACUGCAACGGCAUAGAUGACUGUGGAGAUGGAAGCGACGAACCCGCUCUCUGCACUCCCUGCAAUCGGACAUACCACGGUCGCAUUGGGAGAACUUACAAGCUGGAGCUCACGCGUCCUGCCGAGGGACGUCUUCCUUUCUUGUGCCACUUGACGUUCACCGCCGGGGGUCAGGGUCUCGGGGAAUUUGUCCAACUUCUUUGGGAUGCCUUCAGCAUAGGUCGGCUUGACCCCGACGGCACAACUCUUUCCACUAACUGUCCUGAAGGAUAUAUGCAGCUUCUAGAACUUGGAAAGGCUCUUGCUGAUAGUUCCUGGUGCGGACCUGGUGAAGGAAGAGCCACCUACUAUAGCGAAGCGAGUACAGUCACCGCAUCAAUUCGUCUCUUCCACGCUCCAUCUAUCGUUCCAUUUGAAUUCCGACUUCGAUAUCGCUUUGUCUCCCGCGAAGAAGCAGUCGCACGUUUGGGAAAACCGGAAUUCCCAAUCGAAAGGGGUUCUCCAGUGCCAGGAACAUACUGCUCGAGAGAUUUCUACGAGUGCCACCAGAAAAAAUGUCGAGUCCAGAGUCCAAAUUAUCCGGGAGAGUAUCCAAGAAACACGAGUUGCCUGAUAACCCUGCGACAAAAGUUUGUUCCUACUUGCAAACAUGCUAUGAUCUCCGUCAAGGCAAGUUCCACGAGCCUUGCAGGUUUGGCGACGAGCAACUCAACUCUCAGUGUCUGGCAAGAUUGUCCGAUGGACCGAGAUCGUCUAAUUUUCCGAGAUGGCUCUCACCUGGAAGAUCCUGUGUUACUUGUAUACUGUGGAGGUCCCUUGCCGAAAGUUACUGCGAGGGGGUCGACAAUGCUGGUGGAAUUUAGGAGCUCUCCGUUAGCGAUUCCUCUGGGGGCGUCCAGCCUUCGACUCGAGAUGGACAUUCAAGUCAUCUAUGUGGAUUCGGAUGGAAUGGAUUUUGCGCAAGGAACCCAGGGUUGUUAUUUUUUCGUUAAUGGAACCUCGAAAAGAAAUGGGAUACUGAGAGCUCCACUGCACGCUUUGCCUCCUACCUCAAGCUGUACUUGGAAUAUCAAAGGUGCGAUUGGAGAUCGGGUUUGGAUUUAUUUUUCCUCCUACUCCCAGAGAGAUCUGACUAAUAAUCCAGAUAAUAACUCGAGUGUACAAAUCGAACCAACGUGUACAGUAAAGAUGACUUUUUGGGACGGAGCUCCCUCUACGGGUAUUCCAAUGGCUGUGCUGUGCGAUGAUGUUCCUAGGAUUUGCGCUCAUGCAGCUCUGAGAAAUGCUACUAGAACGACAAGACCCUGUACUGAUGAAGAAAGCUAUUUGACGAUAGCACCUAGUCUUCUCUUAAGAAUGGAAACGAAUCCAGGGACCAUUCUUCACACUGUUAACUUUCAAGCCCGGUACGAAUUCAUUUCAACCCUGCAAGGCGGAGAGCCCUGGGGCGAUGGGCCCUGCAGUAGGAUCUGGCGAAAAGUCCAAAGCGGAGAGGUGACUUCGCCACGCGAUGUCAGACUCUUUGGCCGAGGAGGUUCUUCCAAGCUGGACUGCAGGUACAGAAUCGAAGCUGGACCUGGAGAAAGAGUGAGACUGACACUCCACAACGUCAGCCUUGGGGAGUCAACUUUCUGCACCAGUGAACCUGACCCCCAUUCGGGGAGACCGAGAUGUGUUCAAGAAGUUGGCAACCGAGAAGCCCGACUGACCCUCUACGAAGCCCCCUGGCGUGACGUCAGGCUUCCCAGAGCCUGUCUCUGUGAUAACACCUCCAAUCUUCCACUCGUCCACAUCUCCGCAGGAAGAGCUCUGGAAGUCACCUUCUUUGUUGAUCAGCAAGCACCUUACGAAGACUUUCAGUCCCUCUUCUUCUACGCUAGCUUUGAACUCUUACGAGCGCCAGACUGUCCUAGAAAGCAGAGAGUUCGUGGAGAAGGCGGUGAGUUACGGUUCAUCUCACCUCCACUUUCUCGCCCUGAUAUUUAUUGCGAAGGUCUUCCUUGGUUGGUGGAAGCGAGAGAAAACAGAUCCCUCUUUGUUUUAACCUGGGGUUGGUUGCUACCUCUUGAGCCACCUCCUGUAAUAGAAUCUGUCGAGAGUGUCAAAUGUCCGACCACAAACCGAGUGCUCCUCUACUCUGGUUGGCCACCGAAGCUUCUCAAAGUCGUCUGUCCCGCAGAACCCGGAUCAAAAGACUUUACAGUGCAAGUCUUCUCCGAGGAGUGGCUAGGCAGAGCCGAAGGUAAAUGGCCAGGACCACCUAGGUCACCUGCCCUGCUCGUGGAAUUCAUCGCUCGAGAGCCAGGACAAGCUGCAGCGUCCUGGCUCGAGAUUUCUAAAAGCAGGUCAGCUCUCAGGAGGCAAUUACGUCUUCCAGAAAGAGGUAUUGAGAACGAGACUAGUCUCUACGGAGAUUGUAUUCACAAGUGUCCUGAAUUGGGAGCUUGCAUUGCUCCUAGCUUGUGGUGUGAUGGAAGAGUUCACUGCCCUUCGGGUCAUGAUGAAGCAAACUGUGGAAGUGGUGCUAGACUCUUGGGAUUAUUACCUUCGGCGAUGUGGAUGGUGGUCGCUGGAGUUGCUGGAAUUGUCUCUGCCUUUGCGUGCCUACUCGCCAUCCUGAUGAGCAGGUCAAGGACACGCGCAAAAAGGCUCCAUUACAAAGGAACCAAGAAAUGUAAGCCGAGACGAGCGCCGACGGAAGAAACACUUUUGGGAGUAGCAUCCUGA